AUGGCUAGCUCCUUUACAUCCGCCAAUUCGUCCAUCCAGCCUCAGCAGCAAUCGCAGUCCCAUGGCUUAACAACACGCAAAAUCAGUAUCGAUGCACCCAUUGCCAUGCCGCUUCCCAAACGUAUACCAAAACUGCCACGCAUUGUUCGUUUAAAUGGACACGGGCAUUAUCACGGCAGCCACAGUUUCGGUAACAUUGCAGGUAUCAAGGCCGGUUGCACCAAUCAAGCUUUAAAGUGCCUAAACGAGGGCAAUAUGCUUGCCAAUAGCUUAGAACAAUCCCGAAGUCCUGCAAAUGACAAGGACUACCAGUUUUCUCCUGAGCUGCAUCAUGUUCGUCCAGUCUACCCAAACAAGGCAAGUCACCAUCAUCCUAUUCUUCAUCAACGCCCCAACUUGGAAGUUAAUCCUCCUCGUCGACCAAGCUCUGCUCCUCUGCGACCCUACCGACCUGCCGAUCCCAUAUUUGACAAUCGAUUGGAAAUCAAUUUUGCAAACCUUGCUAUCAAGAAUACAGAUUUCCCAUUUGCAAAUACAACACAGACAUCUAGCCCGGUUGUUAAAGCAACUUCGUCCCCACUGUCGCAAUUACUCCCAAACGUGCACCACUCAUCUCCUAAACUGACAGUUCCUGUUCCAGAAAUUGCUCGCUUUGCUCCUGGAGAUGAAUGGGAUGUACGUGAUUUGAAAUCUGAGGUCAAUUCUGCCAUUGAACUUGAUGGAGAGAGUGAUGACAGCCAGGAUGAAAGUAGUGACUACUUUGAAAGUUACACCUACCCUCUGAUUCCUACUCCAAUAUCUGAUGUUGAAAGUAUGGCUAAAGAGUCUGUUCAUUUUGAUGCUGUUGAUGCUCUCUCCGAACUGCAAACCAUUAUGAUGACAGUGCCUCGUGUUGCCAAUCCCUUUCCGAAUCGUACUCGUGAUAGGAAACCAUCAGUUCCUUUCUUGAAUUUCCUGAACGAUUACAAUAACGAGACAACCCAUUAUGCCAUCCCAGCUCUUGCUUCUGGUCCCGUGUCUGCUGUAUCGCCCAUCUCCUCGGAUGGCAGUUAUCGUACAAGAGUAAUUCCCAAUAUGAUAAUUCACACUGUACCAGGCGGUAAUUCUCGUGCUACUACACGAAUCUAUCCUUCUAAAUUGCAUUCGCCUUGCCUUGCUGACAACCCACUGAGUCCAUGGAACACUACCACUGGUGCACUGAAAUGUAUUCCAGAUUCGCGUAUUGCUUAA